UAUGCAAAUGCAAAUUUAUCCUGGCCGGGGACUUCUCUAUCAAUGGGCUUCAAGCACCAAAUUCAUAAGACUAAUAAUGCACCAUCUUCUGUUAGAUUUUCAACCAUAAUAAUUCUAGCCCUUUGCUUCACUUCAUUCUAUCUAUUUAUAAUUUCUCCACUCAGACUAACUCAAGAACAGCCAUCAGAUUCUGUGAAAACUAUUUCAUUUAAUGGUGACCUUAGAAAUGCUAAAUUUCCAUGGAACAAGCUUUGUUUCGGACCGACAUUUCACGAGAAGCUCAAAAUCGCAGUUUUCUCUAAAACAUGGCCGAUUGGUUCAGCUCCUGGUGGCAUGGAACGCCAUGCGUCUACUCUAUACCAUGCUCUAGCUGAAAGGGGUCAUGAAAUCCAUGUUUUUACAGUUCCGUCGGAUAAAAUGCCUCGUUUUGAUAUUCACCAAGGAAAUCUUCAUGUGUAUUUUGCUGCCAAUGAUCAUGGUUCUGUCAACUGUUCGUUAGCAUUUGAGAUGUUCAAUAAGGUAAAUAGUUCGAAUUUGCCUUUUGAUUAUGUGCAUUCCGAAAGUGUUUCGCUUCCUCACUGGAGAGCCAAAUCUGUUCCUAAUUUAGCCGUCACAUGGCAUGGCAUUUGGUAUGAAAUUAUGCAUUCAAAAUUAUUCCAAGAGCUAUUUACAAAUCCAAAUGGUGAUAAUAAUUUUCUAGCAACAGAGAUCCAAGAAUCAAUGCCUAAACUUAUCGACGAAAUCCGAUUCUUCUCCAGCUAUAAUCAACACAUAUGCAUAAGCAAUAGCGCAGGCGAGGUAUUAGUAAACAUCUACCAGCUACCACCGAGAAAUGUUCAUGUAAUACUAAACGGAGUAGAUAAUACUAAAUAUUUUCACAACCCAGAAGCCGGAACAACUUUUCGAAGAAAACACGAGUUUCCUAGCAAUGUAAGCCUUAUAAUGGGAGUGGCAGGGAGAUUAGUUAGAGACAAGGGGCAUCCGUUACUCUACGAGGCCUUAUCGGUGAUCAUGAAACGAAACCCUAAUAUACUUUUGGUAGUAGCAGGGUCAGGUCCUUGGGGAAGAAGGUAUGCAGAAUUAGGGCCUAAUGUGAAAGUAUUAGGAGCAUUAGAAUCAUCAGAGCUAUCCGAAUUCUAUAACGCGAUCGAUGUGUUUGUGAAUCCGACGUUGAGACCGCAAGGGUUAGAUCUAACGUUAAUGGAAGCAAUGCAUUGUGGGAAGCCAGUUUUGUGCCCUAAUUAUCCGAGCAUAGUGGGGAGUGUGGUAGUGAGUGAAGAAUUGGGGUAUAUAUUUUCACCUAAUGUGAAGUCACUUGUUGAUGCAUUAGAGUUGGUAAUAAGAGAUGGGCCUAAAGUGUUGCAGCAGAAAGGGAUGGCCUGCAAAAAUUAUGCACUUUCUAUGUUUACUGCUACGAAAAUGGCAUCUGCCUAUGAGAGAUUCUUCUUGUGCAUGAAGAAUAGUAGAUAUUGUCAAUAUCCCCUGCCCACAGAUUGUUAAAUAUUAUGAAUCUAAAAUUUGUUCGACCAGGAAUAAGAUUUGUAUUAGUUCUUAUACUUAAAUUUCUAUAUAAAAUUUAGUUGUUUUACUUUUA